UUUUGAAGUAUUGUUGUUGAUAAGCAUAUUGAAUUAGUUGAAUUUGAUGUAAAUUAUAUAUUAUUAGAAUGUUGAUGUUGGUAUUAGAAAUAUCAUUUAGGAACUUAUUAAUUGAAUUUUAUGUGCAUUAUAUAUGUAUGAACUUAGUUACAUUAUGGACUUUAUUAAUUUGUAGACCAAAAAGAUUAUAAUCAAAUGAAUAUAAUGUACUUGUAUGGGCAUGAAGUUGAUGAUUCUGUUGAUUUUGUUUGUAUUCAUGUAGAAAUGGCAUAAUUUCGCGUCACUAUAGCAUGUUUUUUGAAUGGUUGUAUUCGAGAAAGUAGUGGCAAAGUUCAUUAUGUUGGGGGAAAACAUAGAUUGUUUGCAUGCAACUCGAACAUGGAUCUAAAUCAGUUUAGACGUUUUAUAUGUACUAAGAUUGGAUUGAACCCCACUAGAAGUACCUUAAAUAUAAGCUUUAAAUAUGACAUGAGUGGAGAAUUGCUAGCCUUUCCUAUUGAGGAUGAUGAGGCUAUAGAUGCUAUGUGGGAGCAUUUAAAGUCCACCCAAAUUCCCUCUUUAGAGUUAUACGUAGAAGAAGUACCCUUAGGGAAUGUAGUUGCUACUAAUCCUACUCCUACCCCUAUGCCUAGAUCAGUUGGACCUGCUGCGACCCAACUAGGUACAUAUUUUAAUACUUAUUAACAUUACUGCAAUUUAAUUAACACAUCAUUUACGUUUUCAUAACAUAUAUUAUAGUUUUAGUGGGACCCGUACCCUGCCGAAGCCUACGCAGCUGUUCUCGAGCACUCGGGGAUUCAGUAAGGUGCGUGGAGGGCUUCUGUGCCACUCAUAUGCUUCGACAUUGUCAAAGUACAUCUACCAGAGCGCGUACUGCGCCAAUAUGGGUUGGUACAGGGCAUUCCACCGCCUUGCGACAUUGAACCCGAGUUGCACCUGAUUUCGCGCAAGAAUCAGGGUACGACGAACUGGAUGGAGAUCAACUGGCGCCAUAUCACUCGUUGGGAUCGUAGACUUGAGCUGCUGGCCCAAGGUGCGCCGAUCGAUGUUCAUGGCACGCCUACUAAUUCGGACUACAUGCUGUGGUUCAUCUCCAUCACUCGCCGAUGGAUGACACACCACGUGGCAUCAUCACAACAUCACAUUAUGCAUCUGCUGCGCCUACAAUGACCCAAUUUGCACAAGGUGCGGCAGCAGUGAUGCGGUACAGCCACGAGGAGCCAGUGAGGGAGAUUGCGCAAGGCAUGCUCGUCGGCACGCAGUUCCAACACUUCAUAUCGGAAGUCACUAUGGAGUCCACACCGGCUAUCGCCGAUGUACAUGUCUCAUCUCAUGCUUAUGAUUAUCAUAUGGAAGAGAUUGACCUUUCAUACCCCGUUGACGUUGCGGGGACCUUGCAGGCCAGGCCAUUGCAGCCAUCACAAUACGAGUCCGCUAAUCUGCCAGAACGACACUCGAACGCCUCUUAUUACCGUAGGAGGCGUAGGAGACUAACACAAUUGAAUAAGGUAGAUAAGAGUCAUGAGCAUUUGCGUUUCGUUUUAGUAGUAUUGGCGAUGAAUUAUCUCACCUGA